AUGGCUUGCACGAAAUGGCACUGUGUCUAUUGCUUUGACGUGCUUGUAGCCCACGUUGACGAUGUCCGUGAUCCUGUCGCCGAACCCAAAUUUGAUAACGCCAAAUAUCCACUCUUUGUUUCUUGGCAUACUACCUCAAAUGGACGUCUACGAGGUUGUAUCGGCAACUUUGAGGCCAUGUAUUUGCAUGGAGGACUGAAGGAGUAUUCCUUGACUAGUGCUCUCAAAGAUCGCCGCUUCAAUCCUAUCGCUGCCAAGGAAAUCCCAAACUUGUCCUGUGGUGUCUCAUUGUUGACUGAAUUCGAAGACGGAGACAACUACCUAGACUGGGAGGCAAGCGAUUGA